CAGCGAGGCAGCACCAUGCUGGCUCCAAAGAAAGGCCUCCUGUGCAACCUCAACCACAUCCACCUGCAGCACAUCUCCCUGGGGCUGCACCUCUCCCGGCACCCCGAGCUCCAGGAUGGCUCCACGGGCGGGGGAGAGCAGACGGGCUGCACCCAGUGCCCGGAGAACCGGGAGCCAGUGGAUGCCAAUUCCAACAAUCCCUCCGUGAAAUGCCGCUGCUGUGAGUCCCACGCUCCAGAGCCGGAGACGCUCGGGCUGCAGAACCCUGAGGAUUUCCCCUGCCUGCACAGCGGAGACGAGGAGGAGGCGGCUUCCCCUUGUGAUCCCCCUUGUGAUCUGGCUUCCUCCUCCUCCUCCUCCUCCUCCUCCUCUGUCAGUAGCUGCUCGGAUUUCAGCUUGGAUGACUCCCCGGUCUCGGUGUACUGCAAGGAGUUUGCCAGAGCAGGGUCCCAGUCCCCUGACAAGCAGCUGAACGUCAUUCCCACAGAAAACGCCUGGCAUGGAGAGCCUCUGGCUGAUGGAGAGCCUCUGGCUGACCGAGAGCCUCUGGCUGACCAGCACAGGACAUGCCAUGGGAGAGAUGCCAACCACAACUCCCCGGUGCCCCUGAGAGCCACCAAGAGCUCUGUGGCCAGCAAGAGCCCAGACAGCCUCUGCAGCAACAACUCGCUCGACUCCCACUGCGACGAGCUCUCUCCCAGCACAGCAGCACAGGAGACCACCGGCACCUGCACCGACCUAGACCCCAACUGCAACCCCCUCCCCGAGCCCGAUGCCGCGCCUUCAGCCCCGCCGCCCGUGCCGGAACGGAGGGAUCCCGGUAUCCCGAGCAGCGCUCCGGAGCCGCGGCCCCGGCCCGGCGGGCUCCCCCCGCCCGUGCCCCCUCGGCCCCGGCGGCGGCUGCAGGUCCUGAACGCGCAAAGAGCGGAGCGGCCGCUCGGGCCAGCGCGGCCGGCAGAGCCCAAGGCCGGUCCGGGUGAGCUCUGCAGAGACGCGGCCACCAAGACCAUCACCUCCUUCCACGAGCUGGCCCAGAGGAGGAAGAGGAACGCGGCUGGGCCCACCCUCGCCCAGGCCAGGGUUGACCGCAGUGACUGGCUGAUCGUGUUCUCGCCUGACACGGAGCUGCCCCCCACCUGCGAGCUUCUCUCCGGCACCGCGGGCCAGGAGCCAGCCCGGCCCCAGCCCCAGCCCCAGCCCCAGCCCCAGCCCCAGCCCCAGCCCCAGCAGGACGGGCCAGCCAGGCCUCCCGGCCCCAGGCAGAGAGAGGUGACGACGUUCAAGGAGCUGCGGUCCCGCAGCGCCGCCAGGCAGCCCAAGGGGCAGCGGGCAGAGCCGGCCCAGCACCCCCCCGUGCCCCCGGCGACCGCCCCGGGCUGGGGGCCCCCCGCGUCCCUGGGGGGCGGACAGGUGCUGGCAGCCAGCGACGGCCCCCAGCCGAGAAGGAGACCCCGGCCGAGCCUGCAGCCCAUCGCGGAGGGGCAGCCGAGGGAUGUGGAGAAGGGGGGGCUGCCCCCAGGGGAAAAGGGGCUGGGCACCGCCCCGCUCCGGAGGCUCGGGGGUCCCGGCGGGGACCCCGCGGUGCCACGGGCGGCCCAGAGAGGAGACGAGACCCGCCCGGGGGGUGAGUGCGCGUCUCCGGACGGUGGGAGCGAUCCCGGGCCGGGCACGGCGAGGUCCGCGGGUCUCCCCGCAUGGCCCGGCGCGGCCCGGGACGUGCCGGGGCUGUCCCGGUGCCGCUCCGCCCCGCGGCUCCCAGCGCGCUUCCUCCGCCCGGCCCGGCCCCGCCGCCCUUCGCCCCGCGGCUCCAUGAGCCGCAGCGAGCCGGGCCCCGCCGCCGGCCCCGCUCCUCCCCCGGGCCCGGGCAGCGCUCCAGCCGCCGGCCCGCCUGACCCCGCUGCCCCGCUCUCUCCAGCCAGGCCCGAGCCGCUCGCCGCUGGAGCCGCCGCUGGAGCCGCCGCUGGAGCCGCCCGGCCCGGCGGGGGAAGAGCGGAGGGGCCCCAUGGCGAGCAAACGAAAGCGCUGCUGGUCGCCGUCAGCUCCGCUGUGGACAAGGUCAUCGCCCAUUUCAGCACUGCACGGAACCUGGUGCAGAAGGCCCAGCUGGGGGACAGCCGGCUCAACCCCGACGUGGGCUACCUGCUGCUGCACACCCUGUGCCCUGCGCUCUACGCCUUGGUGGAGGACGGGCUGAAGCCGUUCCAGAAGGAUGUUAUCACAGGCCAGAGGAAAAAUUCCCCCUGGAGUGUGGUGGAAGCCUCGGUGAAGACAGGCCCCAACAGCCGCUCCCUGCACUCCCUGUGCUGGCACGUGGCCGGGCUGGCCCCCCUCAGCAGCAGCAGGCAGAAGUUCCACGCCUUCAUCCUCGGCCUUCUGAACAUGAAACAGCUGGAGUUGUGGAUAUCUCACCUGCAGAAGAGCCCAGGUGUGAUCUCCGUGCUUUACUCACCCACGGCCUUCUUUGCCCUGAGCCAAGGGCCUCUUCCCCACCUUGCUGAUGAACUUCUGCUGCUCAUCCAGCCCCUCUCGGUGCUGACUUUCCACCUGGACUUGCUCUUUGAGCACCACCACCUCUCCGUGGACGUCCGGCCCUUGUCCCGCCGGCUGGAGUCCCCACUGUCCCCCGGCCGUGGCCCCGUCCCGGUGCGGGGGUCUCUGGGGGGCCAGAGCCAUGCUGCUGGGGACAGCCUGGAGGAUGAGACCCCCCCCGAUGCUCUGGGCAGGGUGGGGGGCACAGGGGGCCGGUCCCAAGUGACCAUGGGUGGGUUGGUUCCUACCCCCCCAGUGGGGGCUGCCCUGCAGCAAACCUUGCGGCACGUGCUGCGCUGGGGCGACCAGCUCAGCCGCACCUUGCUGGGGUCUGACACCCCCCCCGAGAGCCACGGGCCUCAGGAGGGCACUGGGGGCACUGGGGCUGGCCUCAGUGGCUGGUGGGGCCAGCUGAGCCAGAGCUCCAGGAUUUACACUGCUCCCAGCAAGGAAAAGUCCCCCUCGGUCUGGUGGACGAAGCUGCGGGCGGGGGAGCCCAGCCCGGGCCAGGCUGCGCAAUCCCAAACUUCCCUGAGUGAGCCCAGAGGCACGGAGCUGCAGCUCCUUCAGACCAAAGCUGGCCCUGAACGCUCUGGCCCAAAGCCCAGCAGCAGCACUGACACCUCAGGGACCUGUUCCCCUGAAGAUCUCUUCUUGCCCACUGGAACCGGGGCGUUGUCCAAGCUGGAUGAUCCCACUGCUGGAAAGAACCUUCUGGCUGCUUCCCUAGAGCCACCUGCCAACAGGAACCAGGCAGCACCUUCUGGCCCAGAGAUGGGUGAUCCUCCCAGUCCUGACAAGGGCAGCUGGCUGGGCUGGCUCUUUGGAGCCACCAACCCCUCGUCCAGGAGCUUCCCCUCCAGCCCUGACACAGCCUCGGCCAGGUCCAGGAGGCCGUCCCGCUGGCUGGCCCCCAGCCCGCGCGUCCUGGCCGGGGUGGUGAAGGGUCUGGCGCCCAACAGGAGCCGCGCUCCGGAGCAGCCGGGCAGGACCGCACCGGCCCUGCCCCCGGCCCGCAGGGCAGUUCGGGCACUGUGUGACCACACGGGCACGGCCGACGGGCACCUGAGCUUCCAAAAAGGGGACAUCCUGGAGCUUCUCUCCACCGUGGAUGAAGACUGGAUCCGCUGCUGCCAUGGCAACAGCACCGGCCUCGUUCCUGUUGGUUACACAUCCCUGAUUUUGUGAGGAGGAGGAGGAGGAGGAGGAAGGGACCUGAGGAAGCAGCUGAGCUCUCCGGAGCGGGUGCCAGCUCCGGGAGGGGAUGUCUCCUGUCACCUCCAGAGCUUCACCACCUCCGGGGCUGGCAGCUCCCCGGGGACCCUUCCCUGUGCCUGUCACUGCUGCAUGAGGUCACAGUCUGCCACCGUGUCCCCCGGCCCCGCGGCUCCUCUUUGGCAGCUCGGGCUCCCUCAGCCGCUGCCCACCCCCGUGCCAGGGCAGGGACGCCACCUCUCCCUGCCCCGUGUCGCCUCCGUGCCGUCUGUCCUGCCACCGCUGCCACCUCCCCGUGCCCUGCCGUGCCCCGGGGCCGGGGCCGGUCCCCCCCAGCACUCUGUAAAUAAUUGUAACCACAGGAAUGAGCUCGUUCCGCGGGGAAAAAGCUGGAAAUAAAGGUUGUGACUCACGUG